AUGCACCCCUCGGUACGCUGCCUAAGUGCUACAAUCUCGCACUCUCGCAAUGGCCCGCUUACAUUAGGCUUCAUUGGCCUUGGUGCUAUGGGCCGACAUAUGGCAUGGAACCUGUAUUUGAAGACGCUGCUUGCCCAGCAAGGACCUCCUCCUUCCCAGGAACCGGAGCCCAUCAUGUUGUUGUGUGACGCGAACGAAGACGGUGCGAAGAAGUUCAUGAAUGACUGCAUGGAGGCGAAAGCCACGGAAAAUGUACUGGGGGGGAGAAUGGAAUUUAUGGAGAGUCCUCGAGCACUUGCAGAACGAGCGAAUGUCAUAUUCACCGCGCUGCCUUCCUCACCCGAAGUUAAGAGUGUGUAUCUCGGAGAGAAGGGCAUUCUAGCCGGGUUGAACAGAGAAAAGGACCAGCUGUGCGUGGACGCGACUACGUUAGACGUUUCUGUCGCACGGGAUGUGUCAAACACAGUACGAGAAGCAGGUGCCGAGAUGGUCGAUGCGCCGAUGUCCGGCGGCAUCGUCGGCGCGAAAGCCGGGACGUUGUCAUUCAUGGUAGGAGGCACCGAAGCCGCAUUCAAUCUAGCCGAACCGUAUCUUUCGAAAAUGGGAAGUCGCGUCAUACAUUGUGGUGCAUCAGGGAUGGGGUUGGCGGCAAAGAUCUCGAACAAUCUCGUCCUCGGCAUCAACCAGAUCGCAAUCGCCGAGGGCCUCUUACUCGGGACCUCGCUCGGCCUCGAACCCGCUCUGCUGACAGAUAUCAUCAACAGGUCCACAGGGCGAAGUUGGCCGAGCACCGUCAACAAUCCCAUCCCUGGUGCGCUGAAGCCGCCUGCAAGCCCACCCUGCGAGAGGGGCUAUGAAGGCGGGUUCGCGAGCAAGCUGAUGUUGAAGGACAUGAGUCUGGCAAUUCACGCUGCAGAGGACACGGGAGUCCCGCUCCCACUCGGGUCCAAGGCGACAGAUGAAUAUUCCAACGUCGUUCAGGACAACGAGCUGGCACGGAAAGAUUUCAGCGUGGUGUACGAGUACUUGCGGCAACGCAUGACAGCCAGUCGGGCUGGGACGAGUGAGAAAGCUGAUCUAGAAUGAGAAAGCUACGUACCGUUCAAU